CCGAGAGAGAGCGAGAGAGAGAGAGGCGGCCCCGGGGGAGGGGUUGGAGGCUCGAGGGGCACACGGGCAGAGGCUGCCACGAGGACGGAGGUCCGGACGGGGAGGAGUGGCGAUUCUCGACGCGGCCCGCAAGAGGCAGCACAGCUGCUCCACUGUAGGUCGCGUUGCAGUCUCAGCCAGAUCUUCAAAUGAUGAUGUCUCCACGUCUCGCGCUGGCACGAAUUCAGGUAUUGAGCUCGGCCGCCACGUGCAAGUGUAGAAUUUGCCAAGCAGAGUCGGUAUUGCAGGCGAGGGCCGGGGUAGGCCUCCCUGGUGGCUGCGCACAUGCCCAGUAUCAUCGCACGUGGCCGGCACUUGGCCGUGGCACGUGGCAUGCGCUUGGCCAGCGCGACAUCCAUAGCCUUGCCUUGGCAGGCGAAAAACACACUGGGACAAUUGUCCCAAGCAUGGCAAAGAAGCUGGCCAACCUUGCCAACGACACACUGGAGAGUGCUAGAAUACCUGCCUGUCAGCUGACAGGUAAGGUUCCGCCCCCCCUCGCACCUUCACUGCCUGGACUUCGACGCUGCGCUGCCACGGUGGCAGGGUUCGCCGCGGGCAGCUGGGUGCAUGCCGCCUCCCCCGCCCGGCCUGGCACGGAGCAGCCCACCAAGACAACGGGCGCGAGCACAGCAACGGCCAAGUGCCUCUUGCCGCUGACUCCGCGCCCUCAAGUUUUUGCAGUGCGCGCAGGGCGGGCGCCCCCCAUCCCUCCCUCCAGAGCUCCCCGACAAGGCUGCUCCCCCCAUUCACUUGAAGUCGAGCGGCUUCGCGCCGGGGCUCGUCAGGACAGCAGCACCUCCGGCACGCCCCCGUGCACCAGCGGCCGCCACUCGCCCGCCGCAGCAGCCUGCGCCAGGGCGUCCGGGCCGAGGCCAGGGGCGUCGACCCGAUAGUGCUCCGCCAGCCGCACGCGGAAGGGCCGGAGGCGGGGCCCCGCGAUGCGGCGCGCGUGCAGCUUGCAGAAGGCCCCCGGGGACUGCACGGUGACCCAGGCGAGCAGCGAGCCGAUGGGGACGCCGAAGGGGAAACGGCGGCGCAGAGCGCUCUCGAGGCUGCCGGCACGUGCUCCUCCAGCCGCAGCACGUCGGAGCUCGAGCCCCAGGCCUUCCCGCGCGUCAGCACCCAGGGGCGGCAGAACAGCUCCUGCGGGGUCCAGCCGCAGGUCGCCCGGCCGCCGUCCUCGGGGGACCCGUGGGCCCGCUCCACGCAGCCCUCCAGGUCGUGCAGGAACCGCACACCAUCAGGACGGUCUCGGCGCCCGCGAGGGUGCGCGCGUGCAGGUGCGCGGUCGGGUCCCGGCCGUCAGCGGCCGCGAGCACGCGGCUGCGCACCUGCGCCAGGGCCUGUCUCUGCGCCGGCAGCGUCAACGCGCCCGCGUGCUGGGCGACCAGGGCGCCGUGUCGGCCCGUGCCCCACCUCUAGAGCUCGCAGGCCUCCUCCGGCAGGUGCCGCCUUCCGGCCGGCCGCCGCAGCUCGCAGGCCUCCUCUCCUCGGCGCCGGGCAGCGCCCCGGCCGAGGCCACGGCCGAGGCCACGCCCGCCGGCGCGGCGGGCAGCGCGCGCCAGCCCUGGGCGCACCAGGCCACCCGGCGCCCGGCCAGCAUCGGUGGCGCCAGCGGGGCCGGGCGCCGGGAGGAGGAGGAGGAGGCGGAGGAGGAGGAGGAGGCUAAGGACAGCGGCAAUGGGAGGGAGGUCGCCGAGGGGCUGCACUCAGCCGGUCGGGUCUUUGUAGCAGCCCUGAUAGGUCUACGUAGGUCUGGGGAGCCGUCCUUGCACUCUGGAAAGCCAGGCGUGCCGGAGAGGAGCACGGGCGAGGGCGACGCGGGCGCAGAGGUGCGCGUUGAGCGGCCAGGUGGCUGGAAUCACAUCUUGCGGAGCGCGGCCGCGAUCUCCUCGCAGCUCUUCUUGCCGUCGCCCAGGAGCAUCUGCGUGUUCUCGAGGAAGAACACGGGGUUCUCCAGGUCGGCGUAG